CGUUGGUUUUGCACUGUCAAAUUGGGCGAGUAACAAUCAGCUGUUUAUCGAACGAUAGGCCAACAUUUCCAAAUUAAUUUUUUUUAAGAUUAUUCAUAUUGCAAUCAGAUUAGAUAAUAAAUAAAAUGCUUCUAAAGCAAAUACUUAUACCCGGUCAAUAUCAGGUGCGACAUAUUUCAUCUGCGACAGCAGCUGUAACACGUUUACAUCGCUCGGUAUAUCGCCGCAUGUACCCUACGGUGGUGGUGCAGCCUGAUGGUUCCACAAUCAACAUACGUUAUCAGGAGCCAAGGAAAAUCAUUAAGUUGCCACUGGAUCUAAGCACAUUGAGUGAGGCAGAGCGCAAAGCACGCUUGGAAGCACGAAAACCGCGUAAAAAAGUAAAGAUUCAAGAUGAAGUUGAGGACACAUUCAAUGCGAAAAAAUACAUGAAAUAUAUUAAGAAAAAAUAAAGUUCAUAGGCCAAGUAGGACAUCUAAAACAUAA